AUAAAGAAGUGAAAAAAUCAAUGUUGGGAGCUUGUUAGCCAAAACCCCUAAUAGCAGAAACAGAGAAAGAAGCAGAAGCAGAAGCAAAUGGAGGGAUGUUGUCUAACAUUCACAACAGCCAGACCUUCAACAUGCCUUCAUUACAAUUCUACUUUUGUCAAACAAUUUCACACAAAUACUAUUAAACCAAGAAGAGGAUUAUCUGUAAAAGCAUCGACCCACAACUUUUCUACAGCGAAGACGACUUUAUCGAGGAACUGGGAUGUUUCCAGUUACUCAAAAGCUCCUUCUUGGAUGCCCAGAUUUGAAGAACUUGAUACCACCAAUAUGCUUCUUCGUCAAAGGAUUAUCUUCUUGGGUUCUCAGGUAGAUGAUAUUACUGCGGAUUUCAUUAUAAGCCAGCUAUUAAUUCUUGAUGCAGAAGAUGAUAAAAAGGACAUCAGAUUGAUCAUUAAUUCACCCGGUGGUUCAGUAACUGCUGGGAUGGGAAUAUAUGAUGCCAUGAAAAUGUGCAAGGCCGAUGUUUCUACUAUCUGCAUGGGACUGGCUGCAUCCAUGGGUGCGUUUCUCUUAGCUUCUGGCAGCAAGGGAAAGAGGUACUGCAUGCCAAAUGCAAAAGUGAUGAUCCAUCAGCCACUUGGAACUUCUGGUGGUAAAUCAACGGAGAUGAGUAUACGGAUCAGAGAAAUGGGAUACCACAAGAUGAAGCUUAACAAAAUAAUAUCAAGAGUUACUGGCCAGCCUUUAGAAAAGGUUGAAGUGGAUACUGAUCGUGAUAAUUUCAUGAAUGCUUGGGAGGCUAAGGAAUACGGGUUGGUUGAUGCUGUUAUAGAUGACGGCAAACCAGGAUUGGUAGCACCCAUUACAGAUAACACGCCGCCUCCAAAAACACGAGUUUGGAGUCAGUGGAAGAUCGAAGGCACCAAGAAGGCAAAGAAAAAUUUGCCUUCUGAGGAAAGGUUAUUUGAAAAUGAUGAGCAGAGCAAUGAACAGAAAGAUGAAGCUCUCAGUCCUUUAUAGUGUAUUGGGAUACAUGUGGCCUUGAACAGAUCUAGUCCUAUUGAAUUUGAGUUGUUGUCUUGAGGAUUCAUUGUAGAUUAUUAAUUUUUCUAUUAUGGUCGACGUCAGUUGAGCCUUCUGUUGUACCAGUGUCACCUUUUAGUAUUUGAAUUGGUCCUUUAUCAAAAUAGAAAACAUUUGAAUUGGUAA